UUAUUUCUAAAAAAACAUGGUGUUCCUUUUUGUAAAGACUGUAUAUGUAUGUGCACAGAUGGAAAAGGAAAUGUAUCUGCAAACCAGAGUGCUUUUAAUGCUCAGCCUGACGUUCACCAUUCUCUACAGAUGUCUCCCACAUCUUUGAAUGAGGGUGCAGAAUUGCAAGGAGAAGAGAGAAUUCAGAGCUGGGAUGGCACAGAUGGUAUAACAACUACGCUGUGGGUUGGAAUUGCAGUCCUAUUUCCAGCAAGGACGAUUUCUGUCAUCUCCAUCAAGUUUAGAGGAGCUUUGGGGCCCAUCCAUCUUCCUGUUCCUUGGGCACUGUGGGAUCUUUCCUUGGGAAUAAAGAAGGGUCAGAAUGCCAAUAACACUCAGAAAACAUUCCUUAGGAAGCGUGUGAGGACUCGGCUCUCCAUAGAUGAAAGAAAUUUUCUUCUGGCUGUACAAAGAGGUGAUAUUAGGACUACAAAACGGCUUAUUGAUUCAGGUUCUGUGGACAAGGACUGUAUAGAUCCAAUGGGACGAACUGCUCUUGUACUUGCAAUUAUUAAUGAGGACCUGCCAAUGGUGACAUUACUCAUAUCGUUAGGUGUACAGGCGCAGGAUGCCCUGCUGCAUGCAAUUUCAGAGGAGUUUGUGGAAGCAGUGGAACUACUUCUUGACCAUGAAGCUGCAGUAACAGCAGAAGGACAACAAUAUAGUUGGGAGUCCUUGCCAUCAGAGAGUCGCAGUUUCAGUUGUGACAUUACUCCAUUGAUCCUAGCAGCACAUCUGGAUCACUUUGAAAUUAUCAGAAUGCUGUUAGAGAGGGGUGCCACCCUUCCUGUGCCACAUGUCAGGUGUGGCUGUUGUGAGUGUAUAACUUCAUGUGUAAGAGACAGUGUGCACCAUUCUCGCUCAAGGAUGAAUGCUUACCGUGCUCUGGCAAGUCCAUCGCUCAUAUGUUUGACAGCUAAAGACCCGAUUCUAUCAGCCUUUCAAUUGUCUUGGGAGCUUAGGAGACUGAGUUUUGAAGAGCAUGAGUUCAGAAGUGAGUAUCAGGAUUUGAAGAAGAAAUGGAAGGUCUUCGCUACAGCUUUGCUCGACCACACCCGGAGCUCACAUGAACUAGAAAUAAUUCUUAAUCAUGAUCCACUGGAGCCAGUGAUACAUAGUGAAGGACGCAUGCACCUUAGACGCCUCAGGCUGGCUGUGAGAUUUCAUCAGAAGGAGCUACUUCAUACCUGGAGUCCAUCACCAUCAUAUGCAACCUGAGUCUGCACCGAGGGACCCACUUAACAAAGAAAACCUGGGAAUAUUUUGCAUAUGAAGCAAAGGAACUAAAUCACUAAUAAAUAAGCAUAGUAAGAAAUAAGUGUUAAACAAGGAUAUGAGAUCAGCAUAUUGUCUAAUUGCACAGAUUUGGAAACAAAAAUAACAUUUUAUUUAUACAAAAAAU